GGUCCCGGCCGUAUAAACAAGGACACUAUUGGAAAUGAAUUACAAGGAGCGGAUUUACAGCGUCACGUGUUUAUUAUCGCAGCCGGUCUGAACAUCUGUUAGCUGUUAUGCUAACAGACGGGGUCAGCAUGGCCAGGCGGUGGUCCGAGGGCCACUCCACGUCCAUCCUGUGUGUCGGGGCGUCUUCGGGCCCCGAGAGCCUCCUCGCUUCAGGCUCUGAGGGCGGAGAGGUCACAGUGUGGAGCCAGGAGGGGGCCGUCAUAGGCCGCCUCACUCUCUCUGGUGAAGAGGACAGCACGAGUGUCGUGUUUUCACCAGCAGCUCCGAUCCAGCUGUUUGUGUCACAUGGAGAUGCAGUGAGCGUCCUUGACCCCCGAAACCUGAAGGGCCCGGUGGAGAAGUUUCAGGGUGCAGGGGAGGAUGAGAUUAACGCGUUGGCGCUAAACGACACGGGUUCAGUCCUGGCGGUGGCCGAUGACUCCGGGGCAGUCCGGGUCCUGGAGCUCCCUGGGGGGAAGGUAUGCAGGACUCUUCGCAGACACACAAACAUCUGCUCCUCCGUGGCUUUUCGACCUCACAGACCAAAUAACCUGGUGUCUGCUGCACUAGACAUGCAUGUGAUGCUGUGGGGUCUGCAGAAGACCCGGCCUCUUUGGACCCUCAACCUCCAGGAUGUGGCAGAGGAAGAAGACGACCAUCAGCAGCGUCCCGGUCAGCUUUUCAACCCCCCACUGGCCCACUGCGUGUCCGUGGCAAGUUGUGGAAACAUUAUAGGUUGUGCAGCAGAGGACGGGCGGGUGCAUCUGAUGCGGAUCGGCAGCGGCUCUAAACUGGAGCAGCUGGGAGCAGUCAAGGCCCACAGCCAGGGGGCCUCACAAGCCCACUUUGUUAGUUUCCUUUCCCACCCUCACUGGCUCGUCACUGGGGGGAAUGACGGCCAGGUCGCCCUGUGGGACCUCAGUAAGCACCCCGUGGUGUGUCCAGACGCGAAGGCCAAAACUCGAGUGACAGCGGCCCCACGCAGGAAGUGGAAGAGCAAGGCAAAGAGGAAAGGGCAAUGCCAGGAUAAAGCAACAAAGGUUGAAAUGGAGAAUGAAGCGGCAACAAGUGCAGAGGUGGCAGAGGAGAAGUCUGGGCCCAAACUGAGCAUCAGUCAUGGGGAUAAAGUGAACUGGUUGUGCCCUGCUGUGCUGAAAGGAGAACCCAGUGUGGUGGUUGCAGAUCAGAGCUCCUGUUUGACAGUUUACUCUCUGUCUCAAUAGAUUGUUCUUUCUUCUGUUCUUCAUGGCUGCAGUAUGUUUUGACAGAUUAGUUUACGUUCCUGAGUUUCAUACUGUUAGUUGCAUCAUCAUUUAUUCUGGUCUACGUGGCACGUCUUGCUCUCCUUUACUAAAGCCUGGAACUUAAGUGCAUAAACCCAACAUAUCACUAGACAGUGGGAGGAAGAUAUUUACAGAAGCAGACAAACACCCGUUUUGUAUGAGUCUUUACAACAUUUUCAACAAACUAAACAUGUCAUUGUUUUGCAGCUCUCGUUUAAUGAAAGAUUUACUGAUAUUGCCCAUUUGGGUGUGUGUGGUCCUAUAAAAUGUUAUCCUUUGAAGUAUACUUUGCAAUACAUGCAUUUAUGUGAUUGUAAAACUACCACAUUGUAGAAAAAAGAAAUCUGCAUGUAACUGAGUCUGCGGUGCUUUUGGAGAUGAACAACACAUCUCAAUCCAGACCAGGUGCCAAACGAGAAAAACAAACAGUGUAAACUGUUUCCAGCAUGUGACAUUUCAAACACACCGACGAAAGAAAUUUCAAGAGAAUUAAACUAAGUCUUAAGCCGCA